AGUCGUCGUCGGGCCACGCCAGUGUCGAGGCGCCUAGGGUCUGCUGCUGCGGCGCGUACGGUGGGCGGCGGUGGAAGCAAAGAGUGUUGUAGUUCCUGUAGUUCCGCCUAUUUUUGUGAUGCGCGUGGAUGGUGCCCUGUGAAGUGAGCGAGAGAGUUCCGGGAGGUGAGAUAUGCCCGUGGCACGCUCGGUGUCGGCGUCUCAGCUGGCGAGAGGAGAGCAGGCCGCCACUCCCGCAGGAGGAGGGACUCCCGACGAAGGCGAGGGAGGAGGAGGAGGAGGAGGCCCCUCCAUCCUCACGCAGAAGGCGCACACUCUGGACAGAUUCUGCAACCCCUCGGCCAUGAACGGGCACGCGGAGCCCCGCAGGAAGCGCCCUUUCAUGUCCUUCAGGCUGAGCAAGAAGCCGGCCAAGUUCAAGGACGGGGGCGGCGGCGGCGGGGGCGGCGGGGGCGUGCCUUCGAAGGGCGGCGAGGUGAGCCCGAACCCCAACGGCGCGUCCGAGACCUCCUCGACCAAGGGCAGUGUGGUGAGCGAGCCUGGCCUGGGCGGCGGCCUGAGCGGGGGCGGCAGUGAGAGCGUGGACGGCGGCAGUGAUUCCAGCAGUGCCUCAGUGAAACCAAAGAAAAAGUACCUCACGCGCAUGAGCUCCUUCGUGAGCCGCGUGGCGAGCAAAGUGCAGGGCGGGGGGGCGGGGGGGCCCGGGUCCGGGGGGGCGCCGCCCUCCGCCUUGUCGUCGGGCAUCGCGGGCGUGCACGGCGGCGGCGGCGGCGGCGGCGGCUCCAACCGGGCGGCGGCGUCGGCGGCCAAGCUGGAGCGCAGCAAGACGAUCUCCGCGUCGGACGUGCGCUCGGCGAAGGCGGAGGCGGAGUGCGUGGCGUUCGCGGAGGGCAAGGUGCCUGGCGCCAUGGGCAUCCGCAACCACGGCAACACGUGCUUCAUUAACGCCGUGGUGCAGUGCCUGAGCCACACGGACGUGCUGGCCGAGUACUUCGUGCUGGACCAGUACAAGCACGACCUGGCGCGCUCCAACAAGAUCAACUCGAAGAAGUACGGCACGCGCGGCGAGAUCACGGGCCAGCUGGCCGUGCUGCUCAAGGCGCUGUGGACGCUGCGCUACGUGCCCGACGUCUCCAUGAACUUCAAGAACACCGUCGACAAGUACGAGUCGUCGUACCGCGGCUCGCAGCAGCACGACGCCGCCGAGUUCCUCAUGUUCGUCCUCGACAAGGUGCACGAGGACCUCAACACGGCGUCCAAGCGCAAGUACAAGAAAAUCAAGAAUACUUACGGGCGGCCGGACGAAGUCGUGGCUGCGGAGACGCUGGCCAACCACCUCAGAUGUAAUAGCAGUUUUAUACACGAAAUUUUCCAGGCUCAAUUCCGCUCCUCGCUGAAGUGUCCGCACUGCAACAAGGAGUCCAACACCUUCGACCCGUUCCUGUGCGUGUCCAUCCCGAUCCCGCAGAGGGAGGUGCAGGCCAUCUUCGCCACCGUCGUCUACCUCAACCAGCAGCCUAAGCAGGUCCAGCUAGGCGUAAGCAUAGAAGCCAACGCAACGAUCCGGGAACUGAGGAAACAGCUGUCGGAGGACUGUGGGAUCUCCGCGGAGAGCCUCAUCCUGACGGAGGUAGACGGCGAGGGAUUCCACAGGACGUUUGCCGAUGAUACAUCAGUGAACGUCAUCAGUGAGACCGACCCAGUGUACGCCAUCGAGCUGCCCCCCCACAAACCCCCCUCCCAGGACAGUGGUGCCUUUAUCCUCGUCACUUGGGUCAAUGUGGUACUUGCCGAGCCAGACAACAUUAGAUUUGGUGGUGUUUAUCAGAGUCAGGUGGUGAGAGAUGUCAGUUACGUAGACCUACAAAAGCUACUGCUCAAAGAGAUGACUAAUAUGGUCACCAACGAAACUCUGACUUCAGAACAAGAGAGUGGACUAUUCCUAAUCGGUGUCGAUGAUGGAGGAAGUUGUGUGGUCUGCCUGGACCCGGCUCUUGACGUGCCACUGUUCCAUGAGAGUGUGGAGCAGGCGUUGGCACUCUGUGAACCUUCCGCAGGGCCCCCGCAUGUGAAGCUGAUCCUACAGUGGACGUCUGAAACCAAAGAAAAGUACAUUAUUGAUGAUGUAGACCACAUGGAUGUGCACGCGAGUGUGAAGGACCUCAAGGAGAACCCACAGCAGUGUGCAUCUGUGUCACUACACCAGUGUUUACAGCUUCACACGUCGGCAGAAAAGCUUGGCUGUGGCGACGCAUGGCACUGCCCAACUUGUAACCGCAAGCAGCAGGUGGUGAAGAGACUCAUGCUUUGGUCGGCCCCACAGAUCCUUGUGAUACACCUCAAGCGCUUUAGACAGGGAACCUUACAGAGCAAUUCCUCCAAGCUGUCAACAACAGUCAAGUUCCCCCUGAUGGGCUUCGACAUCUCGGAACAUGUGGCCAGCCGGACGAGCGGCAACAACACACAGAACAAUGUAGACUCUGGUGUGCUAGGGGGAGUGUGGUCGCCCUGGAAGCGGCCGAAGCGAUAUGUCCCCCACAACGAGGAGAACGUGUAUGACCUCUAUGCAGUAUGCAACCACCAUGGCAAGGACAUGCAAGGCGGACACUAUACAGGUGGGUUCAGGAGACUCCAGUUGAUUUCAAACUAUAAUACAGUUAUAUUUAUAUUGAGUCUGGGAGGGAGGAAAUCAGGAGAUAACGGUUUGGAAUUUCUCCUUGAUAACUUUAAUGUUAGCAAUGAUUUCAAGUGGUAUAAUUUCGAUGAUAGCAAAGUGGAAGUUACAGCGGAGGAGAAUGUGGUCACCCCAGACGCGUACAUUCUUUUCUACCAGCGCCGGAGUGAGUCGGGCCACAUCAACAACAGCUGUAGUGAAGGCGGGACCGAGCACUGGGCUUACCGCAUCCCUCUGUCUCACCUGCCGUCCACUCUAAUUCCUCAGUCCUUCAGUGAAAAGAAGGCUCCGCCACCAUUUGAGAGAGGACGGUCGUAUGGAACUCUGCCAGUGAAUGCCAGGACACAGAGACAGUCGUCAACAGAGCGUGAUCAUGCGUCAGACACUGAGGCACCGUUGGCUUCGCAUGAGGAAUCUCCCAUUCUGAAGAGGAGGUCAACCAACACGUUGCACGAGGACGAAGACUCUCCCAGUGACGAGGCACCCAAGUCCAACCUGAAGAUCGAGACCAUAAAGGUGGAAGUUCUGCCAACACAGAACGGGGAUGUCAAUAUGGAGUGCGAGAACAGCAUCUCCAGUGCCCCCGACAGUGAUCAGGAGAUGCCAGAUGUCCAGAGGAAUUCUCCUGGAAAGACGGUCCUGAUUUCACGUUGCCAGGCUCUGCGGGACCAGGAUCUGGAGGAUUCCGUCGAUGCGUCAAAACCAGAACCUCCUGUGAUGAAUGGGCAUGCUGAGCCAGAGGUUGCAGACAAGGCCACCCAGAAGUAUGAGGAUUCUCCCUUGCCUUCCCCUGAUAAGUGUGAGGACGACCCCAGCCAUGAGGAGCAGACGCCGGAGGUCCGAAUCCACCCUGCCACUCCAGAGGUGCUUGCGGCUCACCAGGGCCACGCUGCUCAGACGCAACCCAAGCGAAGCGUCAUCACCCUCACCCUCCGCCCAAGGAACCCCAGUGAGUCGUCCAGUGGCGGGACCCCUGAGCCACGCAUCAGGGUUGUGUCUCGGACGCCUAGCAUGGUUAGUUCCUGCAGUACGUCUAGCAAUGCGAGUGGUCCCAUAGUCAAUGGCGUGGAUUACAGCCACUUGAAUGGAAGUGUAGAAGAACCAAACAGAGAUAAAAUCUACAAUGAAAGCAGCAAUGUAACACCAGAGGUCAGAAUUACUCCCAUCCCCAAAAACUUUGAGGCACCCACGUCUCUCCAUCCCACCAGAAUGUCUACAAGAAGCACAAACACUAACAAGACGCCCAGCUUUGUGGUGAUCAACACCCCCACAGCCAGUCCGAGAGCACCCAGGCCUAAGACCCCAGUCAGCAAUGGCAUCAGCACGUCCCCAAGGCCGCCCUUCGCUCCCAAAUAUCCCUCCAAACCAAGAGAGCCUCCCAGUGACUCUUACAAGAAUCAGCGACCGAGUGCGAGCCGGAAGGAGAAUGGGGUGAUGUCAAGACAGGCCAUUGUCAGUGGGAGAAACAGCAACGCUGUGCCCUCUGUGAGCUACUGUGCUCCAGUAAAAAACAACCUGAAUGGCAUGAGCACCAAACACAGUCGGUAUGAUCGAGUGGAAUCUAAGUUCAGCCGAGAGGGGAAGAGUGAAAGAGGCGAGUAUAUGAACAAGAGAGAGGACAGGUAUGACAGGGAGCACAGCAUGGACAGAGACAGUAGGUCAGACAGAGACCACAAGUUUGAGAGAUGUUCACUGAAGGCAGAGAGAGAUGGAAAAUAUGACAGGGAAUCGAGAUAUGAGAGAGAACUGAAGUAUAAGAGAGACAGUCGGUAUGAGAAUGACCAUAGCAUAGACAGGGACCUCCCUUAUGAAAAAGAGAUCAGAUAUGAUAGGGAUUUCAAAUGUGAUAGGGACAGCAGAUAUGACAGAGAGUGUAUGUAUGAGAGAGAUAUCAGAUGUGACAGGGACUACAAGUAUGAGCGUGAGAGCAAGUGUGACAGAGACUUCCUCUAUGACAGAGAUGCUCACUGCGACAGGGAAUACAAAUACAGUAGGGACACAAAGUGCACCCGUGAUUUUAGCUAUGACAGGGAUCUCCUUUACGAGAGAGACUCCAAAUUUGACCGAGACUACAGGUAUGACAGGGGAGACCCCUCCUGCGAUCGAGACUACAAGUAUGAGGAUUCAAGGUAUGACCGAGACUACAAGUAUGAGAGGGAAGAGAGUAAGUGUAUCCAAGACUUCAAGUAUGACAGAGGAGAGAUGAAUGGGAGGAGGAGCAUAUGUAAGACUCCUGAGCAUUGCAUCUCUCAGGACUACCCUAAGGGGCUAACCAACACUGCCAACCCCCCGGUGAUCACCGAGUCCAGCGUAUGAUAGCGCCUGAAGUGCUGUAUGCACUUCUUACCAGAGUCAUUUACUUUUUAGUAAAUUGUCGUCUUUUUUUUUCUCUCUCUUUUUUUUCCUUUUUUUUAUAUAAUUAUUGCAUAAGACCAAAGGUUUUAUGAACCAAGUGUGAUAUAAUUUAUUUACAAUUUCCACAGUGAUACUUAGAGAAGGACACCUGUCACUCUCCCUUUGUGGUUUAGCUGGGUGACAUGCAGCUUCUAUUGCUUGUGAAGAAAGCCUGCAGAAUAUUUUUCCUUCCUGGAAAUCUUUAUACUGUAUAUGUUUAUUAUCUUUUAUGCAAGUCUUUUAGCAUUUAAAGAUAUUCAGGUUGAAUACACAUUUUAUGAUGCACAUAAGCUUUUUCACAUGCACAUGCUGUUUAUACAUUCCAUAUUUGACAGAUUUCGUACAUAUAGAAAAUAUGUAAAUAAUUUUUACGGAGAAAUGUUUAUUAGAUUUUUUAUAAGAUGUGCCUAUGAUAAUUUUUAAAUUUGUUUUGUUUUUUCGUAAAUUUGUUUAGUUUAUAGAGAAUUUUUUAAGUUAUUCCGAUUUUACAAGAUACGACUGUGGACUUUUUUUAACCUGUAUAAAAAGGCAUCACUGGCAGCUCAAACCCAUUGAGUGUGUGUCUGUGCCAGUGACUGUAUGUAUUGUAUAAAGAGGAACCAAGUCACGACAGAAUUAGCAUAUUGGCGCUGGUUUCAAAUUGUCAGAUGUCAAAAUAUUUGGUUAUACAAAUAUUGCUAUAUUACUGAAGAGAGAGAGAUUGAGAGACCAAAUAAUCCAUAAAAAAAGACUUUUAUUAUUGUAAAUGCAUUAAGAAAUUGCACAAAAUCUUUAUUAUAGAAAAAUUUAUUUCACUACAUGUAUCAACAAUUAAAUUUGUGUGUGUGUGUGGGUGGCUGCAUUUGUUUUAUGUGUAUGUGUGCGAGUACAUGUUCAUCCAUGUUCAUAUCUAGUGUUUGUUCUGCCUCAAUGUUUGGCAUAAGCUGAGUGUUUGUGUGCGAGUUCUUCCUCCUCUUUUUUUUUUUUUUUUUUUUUUUUUUUUUUUUUUUUUUUUUUUUUUUUAUAAACGUAAUGGAUAAAAGCAAAAGAUGUUCAGUUGCCGAAUAGAAAAGAAAAACUUAAAAGGAUAUAUAUAUAAUGUACAGUCCAACUGUCUUUGAGUGUUUGGUGCAUUGGUAUAUAUUUACAAAAAAAAACAACAACAACAACAGUUCUUUGAUAUUAGGCUUUUCUUUUGAUUCUGGCUGCUGUGAGCUUGAGAUUAUAAUUGCAAUGCAUUAUGGCUGCUAAGAUAUAUGACUGAUCCACUGAAUCCCCCCGGAGGUAAUUUCAUUUUUUUAACACGAAAAACAUAUCAGUUUUGUUAUUUUAUUGAAGGCACUUGAUUUGUAUAUAUUUGGUCAGAAUAAUAAUACAGUUGCUAAA